AUUUAAUAUUUACGUAAUUUUUAAGCCUAUGUAGCCUUUUUUCAACGCCGUUGGUGGUGCCAGAUUUAAAGAUUGGUGAUUUGUUGACAACUAAACGCUUUACGUUAGCUGUGGCAGGAGAGCCAGAUUGUCUUUUGAGUGUGAUAGUGUGAUUUUAAUUUGUGUGUGUGUGUAAUGUCGGUAUCGGUCGGUGAAUUUUCGUGAGGUGUAUGCCGGCUAAAAUGUGUUAUAGAUUACUUGGAAAGAAAACAGUGAUAUCAUAAGUAAAAAUGUAAUGUGAUAAUGACAUGAAGUUUCUUGAGAGCAAAUCAAUAUGGCUCUCAAGCUUGGAAAAUGCAGGCUCUGCCUCAAGCUUGGCGACUUUUACUCCAUUUUCACGGUCGACAAUGCUUUGCAGCUUGCGGAGAUGGCAAUGGAAUGCGCCCGGGUGAAAAUUUAUGAAGGAGAUGGGCUCCCUGACAAAGUAUGUUCAGAGUGCAUACAGAAACUAAGCAGUGCAUACAUAUUCAAACAGCAGUGUGAACGAUCUGAUCAGGAGUUACGCCGCAACUAUGUCCCACCACCAGGAUUUAGCGUCAGUCCCCCACCACCUAACAGACAGAGCAGUGAUUCUGCCUUUUCAAACCACACUGACACUUCCAACCUGACCAAACCUCCGUCUUCCAUUGAAGAAAAAGUAACUCCCACUAUUAGAAACAGGAAACGUAGUGUGGACAGUAUCGACAACGGUUCCAUUGGCGGCGCGUCCAGUGACUACCGACCCGGUAGCUCCAAACGUGUCGACGAACUAAGGAGGACCCAAAAAAGAAGAAAACAGUCUGACAAUGCUUCACAAUUAGACUCGGAUUACGAUGACAACAGCGCCUCGUACUUACCCGAAACGGAUUCCGACGAUUCCUCGCAAAAAAACAGCUUUAAGUGUGAUUACUGUCCCAAACAAUUUCCGUCUCCUAGGAGUCUCAUAAACCAUAAGAGAAUACAUGAAAAGAAAGAAACUUUGGGCCAAAACGCAGUCGUUAAUAUACCAGUAGAGACACAGGAUGCAGCUGAUGUAGAGGACAAACUGAACUGCGAUAAAUGUGGAAAGACCUUCAAGUUAAAGAUCAUGUUGAAGCGUCACGUAGACAUUUGUGUGAACACAGCGAGUCCAGCUAAAUCUCCGCAGAAAGAGUUACUGAUCUCCCUACAACCAAUCGACGGUAUGGCAAACCGCAACAUUAUUUGCGAAAUGUGCUCUGCCAAGUUCAAGACCACUGACAACUUGGCAAAACAUAUGAAGGUAGUCCAUGCUGCAGUUUUGAAAAGGGAAGAAAAGCAAAGGGAAAAAGUUGCAGUGCCAUGUCUUUACUGCAGCCAACUCUUUGAUGAUUAUUAUAUUCAUUCUGCACAUUUCAAUUCAUGUUCUAAGAAGGAUGAUACUAAACCGUACGAAUGUCCUGUUUGUAAGAAAGUGGCGACCAGAAAGACCUCGUAUUUCCAACAUAUAAAGAACAUGCACUUUGAACCUAGAAUGUUGCACACGAAGACCUCAGUGGAGCCAGAAGCUCAGGAGUGUCAUGAGUGCAGGAUGUGCUCCAAGAAGCUACCUUCACAAGAGAUGUUAAUUCAACAUUUAGCGGCGCAUAUGUCGCAUAUCGAUGAGAAUGACGGCGCUGACAAUGAAUCGAGAGCAAGCACAAUUGAAGAUUCUAUGUCUGUUCAUUCACUACCUAGCCAGGCGCAUACUCCUACUAACCCACUUAAAUGUUCGAUGUGUGAUAGAGAGUUCAAAUACAAGAAAUCUCUAACGUCUCAUGAAGCACGAUGUCAUUCUGAGGUACCAGUGGAGGUGAAGAUAGAAGUACCUGAAAAGGCAUCCACCAGCCUCUUGAGUGAGACAGUGUACCGUCAGACUGAGUCAGAAUCUAGUCAAGAAGAGGACGACAAUACAUGUGACAUCUGCGAGAAACAGUUCUCGUAUCGACGACUCCUGCUACAUCACAAAAGAACGAAACACAACAUGAGCUCGGGUCAUAAGCGUGCCAAAAUCUUCCUCAAGGACUGCUCCGUGCGAUGUCUUAUUUGCGACCUCGACAUGAAGGUCGGCGAUAUCAACGCGCAUAAUCGAACCCACAUAUCAAAGAACAUGAAGCCUCGUAAUUUAUACACGUGCGCUGAAUGCGAGGACACUUUCAAGAGCUGUUCAGCUCUAGCAAAUCAUAUAAAACUAAUUCACAGACUAAAACAGCAGCCUAUAGAGAAAGAGUCAGUAAAUCCUUCGGAUUUUUGUGAAGUCGUUGUGGCAAAAGCGGAACCCCUGGACUGGAUCCAGAGUCACAACGACUUUGGUGAGGUUCCGGGCGCAGAGAACAAGCCGCUGGUUGACCUUAGCGGCUUUACGUGUCCCAUAUGUGCCAAGAAGAUGCCCACACUGAUAUCUUUGAAAAGGCAUGUCAACUGGCACUCGAGUGUCGGCAACAAUAUUCAGAAAAAGUACGAGUGCGCUGUUUGUAACGAGUCAUUCAGGUUCCAGUGCCACUACAAGAUCCACAUGCGCGAGCACUACCACGAUACAAACCUGGACCCGAAGCACCUGACUUGCAAUAUUUGCGGGCGACGCAGCAAACACCUGCGGGCCGCGCAGGCGCACAUGACUUACCACAAGCAGAUGCGCUUCCAGAACAAGGACUAUCAGUGCUCCAUCUGCGAGCGAGUCUUCCAGUACAGGAAAGUAUACCUCUCUCACAUGGCCAUACAUUAUAAGAAAGGCGACAGCGCCCAGAACACCAUAGUAGGCGACGCCUUACCUAGCACCGUUGACAAAAACGUGUUCGACGGUUCCCACACCUGCCACCACUGCGGCAAAGUGUGCGACUCGGAAGUCUCACUGAAACAUCACUUGAUCUGGCACACUUCCAAAACGUUCCUGUAUGGCGCUCGACACGAGUGCAGCAUCUGCAAGGUGAAGUUUACAAACAAAAGAAGGUUAGACCUACACAUCCGAGGUCACUACGAAGAUGAUAAUGGUCCUUUCAAAUGUACUAUCUGCGGAAAAGGCUACACGCAUGAAGGCUACUUCCAAAAACACGUGAAAGGGCAUAACUUUGAUCACCAGUCGCACAAAAAACGAAUAGAAAAAAUCCGAAAGGACAAAGUGAAAUGUCCAAUAUGUACGCGGUAUUACCCGGACUUGGUAAAACUUAUCCGCCACUUGAGGCGGACGCACCCUGAGAGUAAAAUGAUCAAACCCGACCCCGACGCUCCGUCACCACUUUACUACUCUUGCAAAUUGUGCGCCAAAGUAUUCUUAGAUGAGCGACGAUUACAAUCUCACGAGGAAGCUCACCUGAGAAAGCCCGAAUUCUUUAAAUGUAAGUUCUGUGGUAAGAAAACUAUAUCGCUUAGAAAUCACCAUCUCCACAUAAAGAGCCACUUGGCCCAGAAGCAUUUAGAUAACCCGCUCAAGUGUCCGCACUGUGACGAGACGUUCGUGAAGGGCUACGGGCUCCAUCACCACUUGCGCGACGUGCACAACAUCAUAGAGAAUUGGAUCGCAGACCGCACUGAACAACCGCUGACAGGGCCGCUCAAAGACCUCCAGUGCUCCAUAUGUAUGAAAGUGCUUGCUAGUAAAGGAAAUUACGAGCGGCACAUUGACUACCAUAACUCGUUAAGAUGUAACUACUGCUUUGAUUACUUCAGCUCUCUCCGAUUCUUGGAGGGACAUCUCACGUUCUCGUGCGAAAAGAAAAAGCUUUUAGGUGAUACUGAGGUUUACCCAAAGAAAGUAAAAUGCCACAUCUGUUACAAAGCAUUCCAUGUACAAGUGAAGUUAGACUGUCACUUGCGCACGCAGCAUGGCAUUGUAGUAAAGAGGGAAAUGUCUGAAGGCAAGCAAGAAAUCGUGUGUGAUUAUUGCUUUAGAGUUUUCGAAAAUGAGUACGCUCUAGGCACCCACAAGAUAUACCAUCGAACUGUUGGAUACUACGGUUGUAUAUACUGCCCGAGGAAGUUUAGCACGAUGGUGAUGUAUCGGAAACAUAAGAAUCACCAUCUCUAUCAGCUUAAUGUGGACAAUCCAACGAAAUGUGAACACUGCGAUGAGACAUUCGUAGCUUUCAAAGAAAUGAUAAACCACAUGAAAGACGUACACGGUGACGAUAAGGACUGGGUGAUAGAACCCAAGGAGUCUAUCGAAGAAACGUGUCACAUCUGCAACAAGAGAUUCUAUAAUCUGCACAAACAUUUGGCUUACCAUGAAGAAAAUAGGUGCAAGAAAUGCAAUGAAUAUUUCUACUCAAGAGGAGAUUUCGAUAAUCAUCUAUGUGCCAUUGAAAGUGAUGACGAAGGCACUGGAUACAUAGGCAACAAAGACACAUUCCAGUAUGAAGAAUGCAAAUUCUGCUUUAAACCUAUAACCAAGAAAAGUACUAAACGAUUACACAACCAGAUACACAAGGGGUCAGGCUCGAUAUCUUGUAGGUUCUGUCCACUGAAGUUCAAAACCAUGGACGCUUUCAAUAUACAUGCUUUCUCUCAUCGAAGUAGAAAAUAUAAUAAGAAACCUAUUAAAUGUCGAAAAUGUGGUGAGAAGUUUGUUAAAUAUGGGCCGUUCAUGAAACACAUGAAACUAGUUCAUAAGACUAUGAAGAAGCUUCACUACAGAACGGUAGUGAAGCCAGAGAAAUGUGUCGUUUGUGGGGAAGAUUUUCCGAACUUGCACAAUCAUUACCGCGCGCACUUGCUGAAUCAGUGCCAAGGGUGUCUCAAAUACUUUACGUCGUACAAGGUUAUAUCUGCACACGAAUGUAACAAAGAGGACAUAGACCCGUCGAAGGUGUUCACGUGUGACGCUAACUUGACUCAGCUGAUAAAUACAUACGUUCCUAAGGACGAGAAAGAUGAUGAGAAGUAUUACGGACAUACUGACGACGAAGAGGAUGAAGUUAAUCUACAGUUACUCGGAGAGGAAGAAGAAAGCCAGGAAAGUAAAAACAUCCCAAUGAUCCAGUCGCCUAUAAUAUCAGAUGUCCUAUCGCUUUACAACAAGGAGGCAGAGACAAUGGACAGCAUCGACAGUGCGGACGAUACUAAUGCUAAUGUGGUGAACCUAUCGGAUGAUGACGGAGUAAGUGUUGAUGACACUCUUAUUCCAGUCAUUGUUGUUUUAGAUGAGGACUAGAUGGAACCGGUAACCGAAUGUGUCUAGUACUUUCAAUGACAGGGGUUUGUAUGCUACACAAGAUGUAAUUUGAACGAGUUGCAAGAUAAGGGCAACUGAAAAUUACAGAAGCUGAUCUUCCACAGACCUUUACUACCCCAUCGAGGAUUGAAGUCACAAUCCAUUGUAAUAGGUAAUAUUAAUUAUUAUAGUAUUAUUGUUGAUGUGAAACCAAGAAUCUGCAACAAUAAUAGUAUUAGCAAAUAUUCGCUGUAUUUAAUUCAUGUGCGAGUUGCAACCACAGGCAUUUAUCGAAUACUUAAAUAGCAUAAAUUUAUAUUUAGACUGAAAUAAAUGGUGAGUGAGUGGUGCGUAGAAUUAACGAUAUGUAUUAUAAAACUGUUUAAUUUUUUUGCGCUGCCAGGAAUCUGCCGUUUGUGCAUCUACAUAGACUUCGUUAAUGUCACAAUCUGUGUGCGUGGGUGCCAUUGCGAUAAUUUGCUCGUCUGCUUUCCCGUGUUUGCAAUCUAAAAUUGCUUAUACUGCGAAAAUGUCAGGUCUAUGACAUAUUGAGCGGCUGUGGUAAAAGUUAUGUUAGUUCGUAUGAGUGAUGGUCAAUUGUGAUUUUAGUUUGAUAUGAAAAUUAAGCAGGAUGUAUGAUUUCUAUUAGAUUUUGUAUUAAGUCACAAAUGUUCUUCCUAACAAUAGCUAUUGUACCACCUGGUACAUUGUAGGCAGGUUACACACAUGAAUUGUGUAACUUGUUUUUUUUUUCUUUACGAAUUUUUUUUCUAAAUAGAUAUUAAAAACGGCGCUAUUUUUGGCUUUGUGGUUAAGAGUGACCAAAGAAAAGAUUAUAGAAGUACAGAUUGCAAGGUAAAAAAUAUUGUAAAGUGAGUGAUGAGCUACAAGACAAGUAGCGUCUGUUUUACAGGUUACGCGGUAUUUUGUUUCUUUAGUUGGUUAUCCAACAUUUGUAGUAUGCAGAGGCCAGUAUAUCAACCUACCUGUACCUGUACCUACAGUCAAAUUUAUUUAUUGAAUUUCCGACUUUAUCUCAAUACAAUAAAGUUGAAGAUGUAAUCGAGAAAUUUGACAGAAAAGCACAGGUUGCCCUGCUGGCCACCAUAUACAGUAAUGAACAGAUCAAGACUUGAACUUCUACCAGAUAAUUUGACAAGUAGUAUUCUCUCUGUAGUCAAACUUAUCAAGAACUUGUAUAAAUAUAUUCAUGUGAUUGUUGACGAUCUGUUAAGUAAUCGAGGUGAAGAGUCAGUAAAUAUAAAUUGGUUUUGAAUCAACAAUUAACUGUUGACUUUAUAUUUUAUUUUUGUGAAAUUCGUUGUGAAUAUUACUUGUAUGUAGGUUUGUGUGCACUCCAAGGUCGGUUUAAAUUUAACGAAAUAACGUAACGGUCCGACUACUGAAUUUUGUACUGAAAAAAGUUGUCUUAGCUCAGUAUCCCAGCAAUAAAGCUCUUUCGUCACAUGUGAUAUGUAACUUCUAAACUUGAAUACGACCUUGGAGUGAUAAGGAAUAGCUUCGUAGUUGUGGUCGUGAGUUCUACCUUCUAGAAUAAGGUCCAAGUGGGGACAAAAGUAUUAUCUAAAUUUUUCACACUUUAUCUAGUAUUUGAAAUUCUCAGUGGAGCAAAAUUAUAUCUCUAGUUUUUGAGAAUGUUAAUCUAAUAGGCAUUACUCUAAUCAUGAAUUUGGUUAAAAUAUAAAUGUAUACAGUAAAAUCCAGCACGAUUUAUUGUACAUUUUCUGUAUUUGAGAGUGACUGGUAUAUUUUUCAUGGUGGGAAAUAAAUUCGGAAAAAUUUGGGCAUUAAAAUUCUAUUUAUCACUAGAAUUGGUAUUUUGUGUAGUGGUAAAGAAUGUUGCAGUAUUCCAACUUUUAAUUCCAUUCAGUAAAAUACAGUUUCAAUGUGGACUAAUCAAUGACUCUACGAAAUAUUAAUUGUGAUGUAACGAUGCAUCGUUAUGAAAGUACGUAAAUAUAAUAAAAUCGAUUCGAAUCGUCCUUUAUUGUAAAACGAACUUUUAUCGCUGGCGCUAUUAUUGAGAGAUCGAACCUACGCAUUUUUGUUUUUUUGUUGUGUAAUGUGCAAGAAGAAAGAAAAAUGCGUAGGUAUUGUCAAAUAUCAUAGGUAUUUAAUUUCUCAAUACCUAGGACAUUUGUCAAUUACAAAUCAUUAAUUUACGUUUAUUUUGAUUAGUCGAAAACCAUCACUGUUAGUUGGAGUAUGGUGUCAUUAUUUUACAAAUUGACUAUAGCUGUAGUCAGUUUACUGAAUGGCAUUAAAAUCUAGGCAUAUUGUAUUAAAAUUAUUACUUUAUAAUUAAGUGCCAUCUAACGUUUUAUUUUCUUUAAAACAAUAUGACCAAUAUUAUUUGUGAUUUCGUACAAUUUUGUACAGUAACCUACUGAGCACACUAGAAUAGAUUUCCAUGAGUCUCAUUACUUAAUAUUCGGAUCUAUUAUACUUCUUUAAACAAUGUACUUUAUACUCCAUUUUAAAUAACAUUGAUGAACCCUUUAUUAACAGUUAAGCCAAGCAAUUUUGAAUUCUAUUGCAUCCAUGAAAUUGUAUCGCAUGUAUAUUUUAGCUUGGCUUAUGGAAUAGGAUUCAAAAUCAUUUGUCUAAGUUGUAAAUAGGGUAUAUUGUUGCCUAAGUUAUUUUUUAAUAAUGUGUACAUAUGUUAAGUAUGUAUGUAAAGGUAUGUUAGUACCAGGAUAGUGUAACUUAUUAGAUACAAAAAGAGUGCUCUGGGGAUCACGACAGACUAAAGUUCAGUGAUUUUAUAACUUGCCCAUUACAUAUAGCAGCUAGGAGUUUAGCUCUAGUAGAAUAUUAGCAGAGAUAGGAGAAAUGCAAUAAUGUUUACUAAAAUAUUGUUUUGUUAAAUAACUUUUUAUUGAAAUACAAUGCUAGUAAGAGAUAGUGUAUUUUUCAGUUUUCAAUUAGCCAAAGUUGUGGAUGUAUUGUAUACAUUAGAUUGUAACUCAUAGAUAUAAGAGUAUAGCUAAGUUCAGUCAGCAUCUAUGAUCAGUUAAUUAUAAGAUUAAUAUGUUUAUUCCAACAGUAUGUUAUAAAGAGGUUACUUUUAUUUCUGGUUAUUUUUUUUUUACUUUUUUUUAUUGUGAGUAAAUUCUCCAUUAUUUUUCUGUGUCAAACGUGGAUUGUUUAUGAUGGACGAAAUAAAAUGAUCAUUUGAAAUUUUAA